UUUGAAAUAAAAGCUGAAUUGAAUGAGGACUUUGUCAUACCCCAAAUUGUACAUGAUUGUGAAGGAUUCUGGUGGUCUGCAAGAUGGACCACAUUAAAUGGUUGGAACCAGAUUCAAACCUUGUUGGAACCAGAUUCAAACCUUGAUCAAACCUUACUUAAGUCAUGGUUACAUGAGACCAAAGGAGAGGGAAUAUGAAAAUAGGGCAGGGGAACAGGCAGCAGGCCCUUGUUUAUCCUUUCUUUACAGUCCUAGACCCUUCCCCAUGUGCUGCUGGUUGAUGUACCCUUGUGCAGGGAUGGAUUUUUCUUCUUUAGUUUUCCAUAAUUGUAUCGUUUAUUCUGUCUGGAGAAGUCUGAUAGUACUUAUAGAAAAGAGAUAUGUCCUGUUCAAACAAAGGGAACAAUUGAAGUUGGGGAGCAGAGUAUGGAGUGUUAUUUUGAAUUAUUCCAGAACUUUUCCUCAGAAAACUGAUAAAAGACAUUUUAUCUAUAUAUUGCCUUUUGUGUUUGUAUUUUGGGAUUGGAUUUUUAUCUCUUGAGAAGUUCUACAGCAGGGUAGUAUUUUAAUACCAUAGGAAUGAAAUGUCGUUCUGCUCGUUGACCCCAUGGUGAUUUUAAUUCUCCAGAUAGUGGGUAAUUGUCUCAUAUCUAUGCCGUGUAAGGGUCCCUUUUUCUAGUUCUGUUUAACCAUAUUUUAGUGGUAGUGGAGAAGAGUUUUCAAAUGAAUUUCAGAGCGACCUGUUAUCUGAGAUCUGCCUGCCAGCAGGAUAGAUUGUUUGUUUUCAGGUUUAAGUUAUUCUUGCACUAAAUUAUUUUCUGUAUGGUUUCAGUAUACACCUAACUACCUAAGUAAUUUUUGUGCAGAUAAAAUGCAAUGAAUUUUGAUUUAUAUGUUGAUGUUGGUGCUAGUUUCAAUGAUUCCUAUUGGCAAACUAUUACAUUCUAGCAUCACCAUAAUAUUUUGUAAUGUAGUAGCUAUAUUACCAAGGUGACUUUGCUUAUUCUUAAUGGAACUUUUUGUCUGUUUAUCUCAUGCCCUUCUGAGUUAUAUGAUCAUCGUGUGCUUAGUUUGAAGGUCUAUGCAUAUGUAUAUUUGAAAAAAAGGGGACAAUUUCUGUCUUGGGAAAAAUCAGGAGAUCAAGAUGCCAAUGCCAGAUAGUGACUUUCUGAAGCUUUUCUACUUGUCAACUACCAUGCUUGUCACUACAAGAACGUACUCCAUUCUCUUUUGAUAGUCCUAUUUCAAAAACUAAAUGUUCACAAAUGAUAGUCCUAUUUGCUAUUGACAUGGGCUAUGGCAAUAAAUAUCACUAGUAACGAGGAGUUCCCAGUUAUAACAUUGGAGGGCCAACUAAAAAGUCUGUGUUGCAUUUAUUAUAUGAUAAGUAAGGUUGCUUUCCUUGGUCAUUGUGUCAAGGUGAAACAGGACUAUCAAAAGAGUGGAGGGAGUACAUGAUAUUUCAUGCUGUGUUAAUUUUUUACAUAUCCUUUGUGCAAUACUCAGGUUUAUUUUCACUUAACUGCUACUUACCAUCAAUGCUAUCUGAUAUUUUCAUCGCUUCAUGGAUCAUAUGAGAAGAUAAGCCACUCUAAGAUGGGUUAUGAUGUACCUGUACUUUGAGGGCUCCUUAUCCCUAAGUGGGAUGUCAGGGAGUGUGUUAUGCCCUAUGGGCUGAACAUGGCUGCAUAGUGCUUAUUCCUAUGCGGAAUUUGGAGAUAUCUCAUCUUAUAUGUUCAGCAUGUUGAAUGGGAAUUUGUUAGAUCAUGUUCAUGACUUUCAUGUUGUUUUGAUCUUGAUGGUGACAUUUCUUGUGCAUUUGAACAUAAUUGAGAAGCAUAUUGAGAUAGUAAUAAUUGAAUUGUGUUGUCUUACAUGAGUGAUAAUCAAGCAUCUUUUUAGACUAUAUUUUUGCACAUGUGGCUACUUGCUGAAACGUCUGUGUCACCGUUGCUUAGAUAUGUUUCUGGUGAUAUCUAAAGAGCACUAAAAGUACAAGGUGUUACAGACUUUAGGAGGCUCUUCUCUUUAAUUUUGAAUUUGUUCAACUUUAUGCAACAAUUAAAAUUCUAGAAAUGACCAUGAAGAAUAGUAAUCAUAUUAUUGUGUUUGAUAUUAAUAUAUCUCAUAUUUAAGCCUUUUGGUGCAUUUUCUUGCUAUGCCUUGAGAAUAGUAUCUAGCACAAUAAUGAAGGGAAUCCUUGAAUGUUCAUGUUGCACGCACAACUAAGUGGAACACAAACAAGCUGAAGUAACUUAUGAUGUAAUUGUUUUUUAUCGAUAAAAUUAAAUUUCUUGUUAACUUUGUCGUCCUCUUUUGGUUCUUUCCAGCAUACUGUGUGGCCUUUGCCUAUGGUAAAGCGGCAGAGAUAAUGGAGCGCACUUACAAUAUAAAUAAUGGGAUGGAUCCUGAUACUGUAACACCAAUAAAUCCCUAUGAUCUUGACCUAAUGCAUGAUCAUAAGUUCUCUAGUGUUCAUUCGGCUGACUCUCUUUUUUUUCUCGAAUACACAGGAGAGCUGCGUAUCUUUGUAUUAAUAGAGAGAGAAUAAGUCGGCCCCUUACAAGCAGCACACCUCACUCCGAGCCGAGCUGUGAGUGGCUGAGAUACAGAAAGUUAGGUUUCUUACAAGUAAAAGAACACUUGACCACGAGAUCCACUCAGGGCAAAAAUAAAGAAACUUAUCCUAGCCCACUGGCUUGACCAGCCACUGUUCGCCUAAACAGUCGUUUAGCCCAUUUACACAUCGUUUAAACGCUAAACAGUGGCACACCGUUUCCAUUUAAUCCGACAUUUUAACCGUUUAAAUGGCCGUUUUGCCCGUUUAAACACCUGUUUUGCCCUAAACGGAAGGUGACCGACUGUUUACCGUUUAGCGUUUAGGAUAACACUGUGACCAGCACUCAAGGAGUUAAGGCUCUGAGUGCCUGCAAGACACCACAAAUGGUGUUCAUCCUUGAAAGCCUGAAACAAGUUGUCCAAGCUCGGUCUGGCACCCUCAAAGAUGCAUGCAUUUCGAUGUUUCCAAAUGAUCCAAGCACCCAGCACAACCAAUGUAUUGAAACCUUUCCGUUUGUCUUUCUGGAUCUUUUUGGCACUCUUCCUCCACCAAUCUGAGAAAGAGAAUUCAUGUCUUGAGGGGACACAGAGCUGCCAACCAAAACUUGAUAGGACGCGAAACCAGAAAUCUCUAGUGAAUACACAAGUGGUGAGUAUAUGUUGGAUAUCUUCGGCUUCCUGAUCACAAAAUAAGCAGCGUUCAGGAUGAGGGAGAUUUCUCCUAGCCAAACGGUCUGCUGUCCAACAUCUAUUUCUUACAGCUAACCACAGAAAAAUUUUGCACUUUGCGGGUGCCCAUGUUUUCCAGAUUCUGCGCCAAGGUUCAAAUGUAGUUGCUCCAUUGAAAAAGACCAAGUAUGCCGACUUAGCUGUAUACUGUCCUGAGGCAUCGAAUCUCCAAAUGUGAGUGUCAUCCUCUUGAUUAAGCACGAAAUCAGAUAGAAUGUCUGUCAGCUGGAACAAUUCAUAUAGCCCGAUUAAAGAUAAACCUCCUUGUAUGUCAUGCGCCCAUCUGUGGUCAACCAAAGCAUCUGCAACUAGGAGUAUGUUGCGAGCACGUGUCGGGACCGCAGCAAACACCGUUGGUGCGAGAUCAUUGAUCGAGUUACCAUGAAUCCAUCUGUCUGUCCAGAAUUUAGUAGUAGUUCCGCUACCAAUUGUAGUUUGCAAAGCAAUCUAAAAAAGUGCAGCCACAUUGGCAUGUAUAGGAAUAUCCAGGGACAGCCAAGGUUUGCUUGUAUUAGUUUUUCUGAGCCAAAGCCACCUCACCUGUAAUGCCCAGCCCAUGAUCUCAAGAUUCAGAAUCCCCAAGCCACCCAAUUCUAGUGGUCUUUACACCUUUUCCCAAGCUACCAGGCAGCAGCCACCCUAUACUUCUCGCCUUCCCUUCCAAAGAAAAGCUCUCCGAAUCUUGUUAAUCGCUUUGAUGAACCAUUUAGGGACAUUUAAUGCAAUCAGGACAUGUAUUGGCAGAGCUAAGAUCACAAAUCGUACCCAAGUUGCUCGACCCGCCAUGUUCAUCAGAUUAGCCUUCCAACUAGGCAACUUGUCACCGAUCCUUUCCACCCAAGGCAAAAGGUCCGUUUUCCUUAGUUUCUUGUUGGAUAUUGGUAGACCCAAGUAGGUACAUGGGAAUUCGGCAACUGAGCAGGCCAACGUUGAAGAUAUCUCUGUGAUUUCUGUUUCUUCACAUCUGAUGGGAAUGGCACAACUCUUCUAAAAAUUGGUACGGAGCCCUGAUGCUUCUCCAAACACAUCUAAUAUUUGCGUGGUCAGAUUCAUCUCGUCUUCAGUUGGCCGAAUGAAUAAUGCAACAUCAUCCGCAUACAGAGAAAUCCGCUGUCCAUUAUUACCUCUUGGUGAAUAGGCUGUUUAAGACGUCCAUAACCAAAAUAAAUAGCAUAGGCGAUAGAGGAUUGCCUUGCCGGAGGCCACGCUGAUGUCUGAUUACUUCCCCAGGUUCCCCAUUAACCAAAAUUCUUGUGGAUGCCGUUGUGAGUAGACGAGAGACCAAAUUGCACCAAGCAGUACCAAAGCCCAAGUGUUGCAAGAUUUCCAAUAGAAAUGACCAAGAAACUGAAUCAAAUGCUUUUGAGAUAUCAAGCUUCAAGAAAAUGCUUGGUACCUUCUUUUUGUGCAGCAGCUUAAUGGUUUGUUGUACCAGCAUAUAGUUGUCGUGGAUACAUCUUCCUUGCACAAAAGCACUUUGAUUGGUAGCCACUAGUUCCUUGAGCAUCGGCGCCAAACGAUUAGCCAAUAUCUUAGUAACCAAUUUUGCAAAACUGUGCACUAGACUAAUAGGUCUGUAAUCCGUGGGCAAAUAAGCUUCCUCCUUCUUUGGUAUUAAUGUGAGAUAAGCCAAGUUAAGAAGCCAUAAUUUCCUCGCGUCACCCUGUUGUAGGGUGAGUAUUGCCGCCAUCAAAUCUGACUUGAUUAUCUGCCAACAGGACUUGUAGAAACGUCCAGUAUACCCGUCUGGACCAGGAGCUCUAUUUGCCGGAAGAUUCUUGAUGGUUAGCCAAACCUCAUCUUCAGUAAUAGGAGCAUCCAAAGCUGAAAGAUCAAUGCCUUCCCGAUGGAAAAAAUCAAGAUCCAAAGUGGAGGCCCUCACAAGUGGAGUGCCAAUUAGGCCAUCAAAAUAUUCAAAGAAGGCAGCAUGCUUAUCCUCCUGACUAGUGACCACCUCUCCAUUUUGUAUGAGUUUAGAGAUGAAGUUUUUCCUCUUACGAAAUCUGGCUUGACUAUGGAACAAGGCUGUGUUUGCGUCCCCAUCUUUUAAGAACCUAAUCCACGAUCGCAGCCGGGCCACAGUUCUUUCCAGGGAAGACAGGACCAAACAAUAUCUCUUGGACUCACAUCUCAACCAAUCUUCUUCCGGAGUCAGUGCACGGCUGUCUUAUGCAAUCUCCAGUCGAUGCAAAAUCUCCCGAGCUAGACCUAGCUGUGUUUUUACAUGUCCCACUUGUUUUUGACUCCAAGAUUGUAGAGCCUUAGUGAGCCUUUUCAACUUCAUGGCAAUCUGCUCCAUGGGACAAGAAGCUGAGACUGGCUGUUCCCAUGACUGUGCAACUGUUUCAUGGAAAUCUGGGAACUUAGUCCAAAAACUCUCAAAGUGAAAUCUCCGCUUACCACGGUUCCCUUCUCUGAGGCCAAGAAGCAAGGGGCAAUGAUCUGAUAUUUGAGAUGCCUGACUCUGAAGAAUACAAUCCGGGAAAGUGUCCUCCCAAUUUGAAGUGCAAAGGACUCGAUCAAGUUUAACUAGAGUCGGUGCCUCUCUUUCAUUCGACCACGUAUAUCUCCUACCGAUCAGCGGUAUCUCCUUCAACUCAACGUCAUUUACAAACCUUCGGAAUCGCCCCAUCAUAGCACGGUUUAAGUUCUCGUUAUUCUUGUCCUCGGUUGAGUAAAUCAUGCUAAAAUCACCCCCAAGAACCCACAGACUGGUGCAAUGGCUUCUGACCUCCCUGAGUUCAUUAAGAAAGCUAGCCUUUUUUUGCAUCUUGGUGUGGCCCAUAAACCCCUGUAAACCACCAAUCCGGCUCAUCAUCGAUCCUGAAUCUAAGAGAAACAAAAUGACGAUGCACCCUAUAUUGAUCCGAGGUGAGAAUCCCCUGUCUCCAAGCAACUAGAAUUCCACCUCGAGUGCCUUGAGCUGCCAGAUAGACAAAAUCUAGAAAAUCUCGACCCAACAUAGAGAUAACAUCUCUCUGUGUGAUGACCGCCAAUUUAGUUUCUUGGCUACAGACCAAAGCCGGCUUACAAGAGUCUACAACUUUUCUAAUCGAGUCUCGACGUGCACGAUCAUUUAGACCCCAUGCAUUCCAAAUGAGAAAAUUUAUAUUAUCCAUUGGGAAACGAAAAAAGAAACACGACCCAGAAAAACAUCAAAUGUUAGACCACAACAAUAGCACCAGAUGCUUGCACCGGGAGUUCUUCCGGCAGCUCCUUGUGCAACAUGGCUGCCAUUACCUUCACGUGAUUCCUCUCAAGUGGUGUGUUGAAGAAAACCUGAUACUUCUCCAUCAUGGCCGCUGAUACCCUUGAAUCAUCCUCUGUGAAGCCCAGCUCCCGGCACACCGAAGCGGCAGCCGGAUUAUGAUUUUUAGGCAGUAAUUUAGCGAUGCGACGGCUCCUCCUUGGAGGUUCGGUCCCCACAUAGUUCUGACGACGGCAUUGUUGUUUCACGGUUGGUAUAGGGAGGGCAAUAUCCAGUGGCUUUGACACCUUCUCAAUGAAGGUAGAGCUUGCAGCUGGAGGAGGUGGUGUUCUUGGGGGGGACUCUGGUGGCUGCGUUGCAUGUUGUACACUUGAUUUAGGCUGCCUGGCAUAGACCUUGGACAGCUCCCUGUUAGCCGAUGUUGUGAAUACACAGGGUUCAGCCAAAAAUUCAGCGGGAAUAACUUCCUCCGCCAGCCGCCAAGUAACUGGAGAAGAGGCCGAAAGCGCAGGAGGCUCCAACAAAAGCUCUGCAGAGGUAGACUCCACUCGAGCAAGGUAUGGAGGCAGAUCGUUGUGCUGUGGUUGCAGUGGACUUGCUGAGGUAACCUCGGUAUUGCAGUUUACUAGAGCAAUGCCAUGCAAAUCGAUCGGGUCGCAGUGGUGCCCUUCUUGCUGUACUGCCGAUUGUACUCCUGAAGCAGGGCUGGGAACUGCAAAGCACACCAUGGUUGGGGACUCCAUAGAAGGGGAUGCGUCUGUCACCUGUUCCUGGCAGACCUGUUUGCUCGGGCUGGGUUCCAAAGGCUGGGAAUCAGCCCGGCCCACAGGAAGGCCUAAAUCCCCCUCUGUGGAGCCCAAAUAGCCAUCUGUUGUUGCAACAGAAAACUCCUCGUGAUCGCUGUUGCCUCCUUCGAAAACAGGCGCCGGCUCCUCGGGCGAUGGGGCAAUAACUUCAACCACCAUGUUUUCCACGGAUAGAGGAUCGAGAUGCGUCGCCUGGGAAGAGGAUCCAUCCGCCUCAACUGAGCACGCCACGUGGCUUGCCCCGGAGGCGUCCGGUCCCAACCUAUCCCUGGCCGACGGCCUACCCAUCGCAGCAAUGGCGGCCGCACCUCCAUGGGAGCUCGGUGAGGCCGCCCUUCUCCGCUGCCGUCGCCGGCUGCCGUUGCCAUCCUCUUCCUCAGCUUAGGAGGCUGCCCCAUCAGUACUUUCAGCCUCUGGUUGUAGGAUCUCGGUGACACGAAACGCAACUGUAUACUUCAAGGAUGGCUUUCCUGGCGGGACCAAAAUUUCUCCAAUGGGAGGCUCAGCGAUGUGGAGAUCACGUGCACUAGGUAUCUCCCUUGGAUUGAAGCACCAGGCUGUCAAGCAAAAUGCAGAAAAAUCCUCCCUGUUUCGUGUCUCUGGCUGAAGGAGGUGUGGCCAUCCAUAGGGGCUGAGCAAGCUCUCUGCUGUUGACAUCUCCCACGCGUGUUCUGGGAUCCCCCUGAGCUCGAUAUUGGCCAGCACAGGAAGGGCGAUGCCAUCCGCGGACGCUUGGCGGGACCAUCGUCGGCAGUGCAGCUGCAGGUUCCCUGGAGCUGGAGUUGGCCCAGCAUUAGUGAGCCUUGUGAUCGUAGCUUCAUCUUCGACGAACAUGAUGUAGUUGUGGUCGCUGCUGGAACGACGAAACACCAAGGAAGCAGGAUUGAGGACCAAGGCAUUCGCCACCACUGCCUUGAGAUCAUCGGUGGCAAUCCCUGUGAUAUUACCGACCACGGUCACUAAUACUGCCCUUCGAAGAUCAGCCUCUCAUACAUUCGGCUGACUCUCAUACACAGAAAGUUGGUACACAUAAAGUCCUUCAUAUGGGGUUGAUUCUAAGAUCAGAAGGCAUUUAGAGAUGCAAUUCCGAAGGUGUAUACAUUGCCGCUGAUGUUUCUACAAUCCCACGUGAUGAUUUUGAGUUGAUUUGCCAUACUUUAGUGGAGGGCAUUCCGUUGAUCGCAACAUAUUGGGCUGGGAAACGGAGAAGUUAUGUAGGGUAUUGCAAAAGGUACAAGUCACCACCUGAGCAUCGCUAUGGAGAAAAAGGAGCUGUACACAUUGGGCAUGCCGUGGUCUUGAUUGGUGCUGGGAUGAAGAAAGGAAAGCAGUUCUUUUACUUCUUAAACUCUUGGGGCAAAAAAUUCUGCCCUCGUAAGAAUAAGAGAGGGGAGACAAUUGCAGGUGGCAUUGGAAAGAUUGCAGAGGGGGACUUGACGAAAAAUGUCGUCCGGCUAUCACAUCCUAAUGAGUCAGGGGGGGGGAGGAGACUGGAAAACCAGUCAGGUAUGGCUAUUAGCAGAUGUAAUUAUCUUUUGAUGAAAGCAAUGGUAGGGCAAUGCUCGGCAGAAGGGAUACGGAAGGUUCGAGAAGCUGAGAAGUCUGGAAAAAUCCAAGCAGUCAGUUUGGAUGAUGAUGGCAUCUUCAGUGACGACGAAGGGGGUUAUUUACAAACCUCUUGUGCCAUCAACCAGGGGAUUAUUGGAGCUAUCAGAUCUCUCAACAGUAGGCCUGCUGCAAUCCAAAUGCCAACAGACCAGAGCUGCACAACCAACAGAAGGCCACUGAUGAACCAACUACCAGUAGCAAAUGAAAGGGCCCAAGUGAACCAAACACCUAUAGCAAAUAGAAGACACCUGGUGAGCCAAACACCAGUAGCAAAUGGGAAAACUCUGAUGAACCAAACAUCAGUAGCAAAUGGAAGAUCCCUGAUGAGCCAAGUACCAGCAGCAAAUGGAAAACCUCUGAUGAGCCAAAUACCAGCAUCAAAUGGAAGACUUGUGAUGAGCCCAAACGGAAGGCCCCAGAUGAGCCAAAUAUAUGUUGCAAGUGGACAGUGCCAUACAAACAAAAUACCAGGACCAGAAGUGCAUCCUGCUCCUCUGGCUUGCCAUGCCAAGGUGUCAGAUCUGAAGCUGAAUAUAGAAAAGGGAAAGAUGAAAGCACUUCGCCAGAAAUUGACUGGUUCUGGAAGCAGGGUGAUACUUAAACAGGAAGAGGCGCCAACUACAAAGGUCACUUGGACUGUGGCGACUAAGAAGCAGGAUCCUGGACUCGGCCUAUUGAAACGAGCAACUAGGCUGCUGAAGAAGUGGCCGCUGAGGUCCAUGCCGUGCCGCUGGGAUCCAGAAAUGAAACGCAUGGUCGGGCAUGCAGUUUAAAACAGAAGAACAUGAUGAUCGUUUGGUCGGAACUCGGAAAUGUUGAUAAACUUGUGGUUUAGUUAUUCUUAUGUCUUUUGAAAACGCUGAACAAAAUGUAUCUGAGAUUGAAAUAUGCAAGGCGCCGCACCUCGAGUCUUGCUGCCCGGUCGGUGCAUGACCUCCCAGCAGUUCUGACGCUUGCUCUAUGCCCUUAUUACUACUGUGAUACUUCAUGAACAACACUGCAUGCACUUCAAUUAUUCAAUGAAAUGCAAGUGAAGCUGACUGCUUUUGCAAUUGGACUGGGACGUGCUAGCUGCAUGGUGGUGUAAUUAGAUGCUGCCGCAUUUUUUAGCAAACAAGUUUUGUGAUUUUUUU